CCACCAAGAAGUCCGCGUUUGUCAUUUGCAAUAAUGUUUAUGUUUGGCUCGGUGCAAAACUAGCACACAAUAUGGAAAUUGAACAGACGCCCCCCAAUGCGGCUACAUCCGAUACGAACUCCACAUGUGAGUACCUGGACGCUGAGGGUGAAUCGGAACAUGAGGCGGAACUCAGCACUAGCGAUCUCUACCCGGAGGAGGCGGAACACGCCGAGGCCGAGCAACAGGGCUAUAGUAUUAUGUCGGAACUGGGUGCCCAAAAACGUAGCACACUGAGCCCCGACUCUGAGACAGCGCCAGGACAAUCCAGAGAUUUGGCCGCCUCCGUGGAGUCGCUGGCGGUGAGCACCUCCACGAGCGCCAAGACCGAGGAUAGCGGCAGCACGAAUGCCUUGGACGAGGAGCUGCACGACUAUCAGCACGAUAGCGUGUGGCGUGGCCAAAAGAAGCACAUCUUCAUAUUGAGCGAGGCGGGCAAACCCAUCUACUCGCUGCACGGCAACGAGAACAAGCUGGCCACGCUCUUUGGCGUCAUCCAGGCUUUGGUCAGCUUCGUGCAGCACGGCCAGGAUGCCAUCACGUCCAUACAUGCGGGCGGCAUUAAAUUCGCCUUCAUGCAUCGCAAUUCGCUGAUUCUGGUGGCCGCAUCCCGCACCAACAUGAGUGUCCAGCAGCUGAAGCUCCAACUGAGCGAUGUGUACUAUCAAAUACUCUCCACACUGACCAAUUCGCACAUCUCCAAAAUAUUCGAAAAGCGCAAGAAUUUUGAUCUACGACGUUUACUCUCCGGCAGCGAGCGGCUGAUCUUUAAUCUGCUGGCCAACGAUAGCAGCAAUGCCAGGGUUUCCAACAACAUUUUCACAUUUCUGACCAACUCGAUACGGGUCUUGCCGCUGCCCACGACCGUCCGUUCCAGCAUCGUCAGCGCCAUACAGAGCAACUGCUCGAAGAUCAAGAAUCUGAUGUAUGCCGUGCUAAUAGCUAAUAACAGGUUGAUCGCAUUGGUGCGCAUGAAGAAGUACUCGAUACAUCCGGCGGAUUUGCGUUUGAUAUUCAAUCUGAUCGAGUGCUCCGAAUCGUUUAAGAACUCCGAGAACUGGACGCCCAUUUGCUUGCCGAAUUUCUAUAUGAAUGGAUUUUUGCAUGCGCAUGUCUCGUACCUGGCCGAUGACUGUCCGGCAUGCCUGCUGCUUAUGUCUACGGAACAGGAUGCGUUUCACACGCUGUCGGAGGCCAAGGGACGGAUCACGGAGAAGCUGCGCAAAAAUUUGUGCCUGCAGGCAAUCAAUGAGGAGCUGCAGCAAACCCACAAUGCCAAACUGUAUCAACAGGUGAUGAGCGUGCCCGAGAUGCGCCACUUUCUGUACAAGCCAAAGGCAACCGCGCAGCUGCUCUGCCCCAUGCUUAGGCAUCCCUACAAAUCGCUGGCCGAAUUCGAGCGCCUGGAAGCCAUCUACUGUGAUCUAUUGCAUCGCAUACACAACAGUUCGCGGCCGCUGAAGCUCAUCUACGAGGUGAAGGAGCGCGAGGUGGUGCUCGCCUGGGUAACCGCAACCUAUGAGCUCUAUGCGGUCUUCGAGUCCAUUGUGGACAAGCCGACGGUCAUCAAGUAUGUGGACAAGCUGAUCAAAUGGAUCGAAAAGGAAUACGAUGUCUACUUUAUACGUAAUCAUGCGACAUUUUAAGCACCCACUUGUUGAUUAUAGAUGAUGUUGAUAAUGGAUGAAAGCCCGCAUUUGUAUAGUUAUAGUGAAUGAUGACACAUAAUUAAGUUUAUCGUAUGCCUGCUUAAAUGUUCAACGAAUCCGUGACGUUGUUGUUGAUGUUGCGGUUGUAACAGCGUCUAUAUAACUGAUUUUUAUACAUAUACAUAUGUAUGUCAUUAAAUAAGCAUGUAAAUUUGUAA